AUGUAAAUUUAUCCACAACCUAAGGAUGAAACAGAUAGAAAAUUAAUUGAAAUUCCAUUCAAUAUUAAAGAUUCAAAUUAAUAAAACAACUACUAAUCAGAAAGUAUUGAAACAACAAUAAAAGAUUAAUUGUCAACUUAAAUCAAAUCAAAAGCUUUUUAAUCUUCAGAUCAAAAAUCCUAUUCUUAAAAGAAAGUUCGUCUUGAUUAUAAAGGAUAACCAAUACUUAAAAAAUCAAAAGCACAUCAAAUUACAUUUAAUAAUGAAUUAUAUCAAAUAUAUUAUGUAGAGUGUUGGAAAGAAUAUAAUUCUAAUGAAAAUUAAGAAGAAGAAAAAGAAAACUGUUGUCCUUUUUGUACAAUUUUUUGA